AUGGCAAGUGUGCAUGAGAGUUUGUAUUUUAAUCCUAUGAUGACAAACGGAGUAGUCCAUGCCAACGUCUUUGGUGUGAAAGACUGGGUUACUCCGUAUAAAAUCUCCGUGUUGGCUUUACUAUACGAAAUGACAACAUCGAAAUCAAUGGCACUUCUGGAGAGAAGACGGUUGAAUAAACUGAUACUACCGCUACAACAGGGUCCAGAUUUGACUCUCGAACAGUUUUUGAAGACAGUGGAAGAAUGCAGUCCCCGAACGAGCGAUGCUGUCAAAUUCUGGUUGUUCGAAAUGGCUGAUAGGGAGUUGAAGGACAUGGAGAAUUUCUUUGCAACACUACCAAAUCCCUUCAGUGACUCUGAGGCUUACAAGACUAGUGUUGUAGGUUUGUUUAUGCGCCACAUGUUGUUGGCCUAUAACAAACUGUCGUUUAGUCAGGUCUAUAAGCUGCACAAGUCUUUGCAGCAGUACUGUCACAGUGUCAGCCCACCUCAGAGGGAGCUCUCCACGCAGCCGUCUGAGGACAUGGAGUUGACCACCAACGACGACACCAGCGCAGAGCAAAUGGACAAAGACGAGCUGGACGCCGGCCCGCUUCACCAGUCUGAUCUCCGGUCGGAUGAGACCAGAGGCCCGCUGUCUCAGAAACAGGCAGAGUACUUCCUCACCAGACAGGCGUAUCUACUGAAGAACGAUGAGAAUAAGGCCAUGAAACCGGCUAAACUGCAGGAUGAGCUGAACAACAUCCUCAAAUUCAAUCCGGACUUUGCAGAGGCUCACUAUUUGAGUUAUUUGAACAGCAUGAGGGUCCAGGACAUCUAUAUUUCCACUCACAGUCUCCUGCAUUACUUUGACCGACUCAUCCUGUCCGGCGGAGAGGGGAAGAGCAACGGCGACGAGGGCUAUGGACGCAGUCUGCGCUAUGCCAUCCUCAAUCUGGCAACCCUGCACUGUCGCUUUGGACACUAUCAGCAGGCAGAUUUGGCGCUGCAAGAAGCCAUCCGCAUUGCUCAGGAGGCAAACGACCAUGUUUGUCUACAACACUGCCUGAGCUGGCUUUACACACUGGAACAGAUGAAGGGCAACGACAGCGUCGUUCUAACUGAAGAUUCUGUAAAAAUGGCCACCCAUUUUUGUCUGCCGUACCUGGCGUCUCUGGGCAUUCAGUCUCUUGUCCAGCAGGGGACGACACAGGGAAUGCCACCCAGUAAGUUACUGGACGCUCUGCGGAGCACAGACAUGAUGCACUGGAAACAGAGCCUGUGCGAACUCAUAGAGAUCAGCCUGGCACAGACUGCUUCCAUAUGGAGGAUGUACGGAAAAAGCACUAUGGCUCGGCAACAGGCCCAGCUCUUGCUCAACAUGAACAGCCUGGAACCGGUCAACUUUGGCGUCCAGCAAAACAACACGGAGGCCUUUGCAGUCGCUCUCUGCCACCUGGCCGAACUCCACGCCGAGCAGGGGCUUUAUGGUGCUGUGAGUGACAUCAUCAAACACCUUAGGCAGCAAUUUCCCCCCCACACCCAACACUCCAAGCUCUGGAUGCUUUGUGAUCUGAAAAUCCAGUUUGAGAAAGCUAUGAAUGAUGGGAAAUAUCACCUGGCUGAGCCACAUGUCACUGCCAUUUCUGCCUUAAAUAGCACGGAAGGUUUAUACAGAAAAGCUCAGUUGCUGAAGGCUCUAAACCAGACAUCUGAAGCCUCCAAGAUCCUUCAGCGUCUGCAGAGACUGUGUGAGAAGAGCAAGAACACAGAGAUGGUUAUCAGAGUGAUGCUGGCCACAGCAGAGCUGCACUGGGACUCGUCAGGGUUUGCCACAGCUCUCCCCCUCCUGCUGCAGGCUCUCGCUCUGGCACACCAACACAACCUACAGAGUCUGGCCUCAGAGACUGUACUCCACCUGUCCUUCACACAGUUAAUGCUGGGUAUUCCAGAGCAGGCGCUUGCACUGGUGCAGGAUGUGUUGGAGUCCAUUCUGGCUCACGGAGCUUUGGUGGAUAAGGGCAGGGCCUUGCUGCUGGCUGCCCGCUGCCAGGUGGCUUUGGCUGCAACUGUUCCAGAGGACGACAGACUGACUGCUGUGGAGAUGGCGGUACAGAUGCUGGACGAGGCUGCUUCGUAUUUCUCUCUGUUGGACUGCAAGAAGCGUCUGAGGGAUGUCUACUACCUGCAGGCCAGAUUACACCACACCCUGGGAAACACCUCCCAACGCAACAAAUGUGCCAUGUUGUUCCGGCACCGUGACCAGGAGCUGCCCUUGUCUGGGUCAACUGUUGUGAACCAUCUGUAG